AUGAAGGCUGCUUGUCUAUUUUACAAUUAAAAAACGUAUCUUGGACCAACAAUAUUUGUGGUGCUGCAAAUUGGUUUGCAUGUAUGGGCUUACAAGGAAUUCCUAUUGUAUUAUUACAUUUUUGGACCUUUCAUGUUUGCUACAUGCGGAUUGUAUUUCAUAGUUCGAAUCAAAGAUCCUGGAACUAUUCCAAUAGUUAAAGUAGAAAUUCCACUUGAGAACAAUCAAAUUGAAGUAUAGAUUGAAAAUAACGUAAAAAGAGAAGUACUUAAUGCUCAAGCAAAUGAUGAAUCUAAUGGUUAGAUUUCACUAGAUCAAUUCAAAGAUGGUCCAGACAAUGACAACACAAUUUAAAAAUAUUACCCAGAAUAACAGCAAUAACAACAAGCUGACAAUCAGCACAUCUUAUCGGGUAGAGGAAUGCUUUCAUCUCCCUCAUCUGAAUAAGCAAAGAUAAAUACUCCAAACAAACAAACUUGUAUAAGCACCUCAAAUGCAGUAAGUCCUCCAACUUUAGCAGCAGAAAAGAGAUUUUGUAUGCAAUGCUUAAAUGAACAACCAAUGAGAGCCAAACACUGCCAAUAUUGUAAGAAAUGUAUUCCAAUGUUUGAUCACCAUUGUCCUUGGAUCGGCAUUUGCAUAGGGGAGAAGAAUAAACUGAUAUUUCUGAUCUACUUAUUUGUCCAAAUUGCCCAGCUGAUUGUGGGGAUAAGGAUCUCAGUUCAAAAUAUUGGAUUACUGGUGGUUAUGGGGAUUAUUGUAAUCUUACUGAUGACUCUAUUGGGAUUUCAUACAUUUUAUGUUGCUAAGAAUAUUACGACAUGGGAAUACUUGAGUUGGAAAAGGAUUUCGUAUAUCGACCAGAAUUCAAGAUACCCAUUUGAUAAAGGUGUGCUCAAUAACAUUAGGUUGCUUCUCUAAAUCUCAUGUCAAACACAGAUUUACGAAUGGUAAUUAUAAUCUUAAUGA